GACACACGCACAUACACACACACAAACACGCGCACACACACACACACGCACACACAGGGAUUUUUCACUUCUGCUCCGUCUCUCCUGUUGUUGUACGGCGACAUGUCGGACUUUAGACUGAGUGUUUUUAUCUUGCUGUAUGUGGUGACUGCAGUGAGAACUGACUCUGUGCAUAAGGCCACAGUGUACUGGGACCCUGACAAUAAGACGGUUCUGCUGAAGGACGGGGUUCUGGAUGACACUGGAGAUGCUUACGGUUUCUAUAACGACUCGUUCUCUGAGACGGGAUGGGGUAUGCUGGAGAUCCGUGCGGGAUACGGGCGAACACCGAGGCCUGACGACAAAACCUUCUUCCUGGCAGGAUAUCUUGAGGGCUUCCUAACUGCACGGCAGAUGAUUGAUCACUACACUAACAUGUAUCCUCAGCUCAUCACCAAGCCUAACAUCCUGCAGGCGGUCAAGACCUUCAUGACUAAACAGAGUGACUGGUCUCGGCAGCAGGUGAAGCUGAACAAGACGUCAGAUCCUUUUUGGGCUCACACCGGAUUCAUCCUGGCUCAGUUGGACGGACUGCAGGCCGGUGCGGCCGAGUGGGCCAAGCGCUCGGGGGGAAAGGCCCUGUCACGUUUUGAGGUCCAUUUCCUGAACGCAGUUGGAGAUUUGUUGGAUUUGAUACAGAUGUUGGUUCCUGAGGCCAAACCUUCACUGAGAGGAUAUAAACAGCCCCCGAUGGGCCACUGCUCUGCCCUCAUCAAGAUGUUACCUGGCUAUGAGAACCUGUUGUUUGCUCACUCCAGCUGGUAUGUUUACGCUGCCACAAUGCGCAUCUUCAAACACUGGGAUUUUAAUGUGCAGGAACCACACACUGCUACUGGGAAACUGUCCUUCAGCAGCUACCCUGGUUUCUUGGUAUCUUUGGAUGAUUUCUACCUUUUGGGCAGUGGGCUGAUGAUGACUCAGACCACCAACAACAUCUUUAACCAGUCACUGUACGAGUUUGUCACACCCUUCAGUCUGUUUGCCUGGCAGAGAGUCCGGCUUGCCAAUGCCCUCGCACACACUGGUGAAGAGUGGGCUAAGAUAUUCUCCCGCUUCAACUCUGGGACGUAUAAUAAUCAGUACAUGGUGGUGGAUGUAAGUAAAGUGUCCUUGGGCUCAAGACUCGAUGAUGGAGCUCUGACCAUAGUGGAGCAGAUUCCAGGACUGGUGGAAUAUUCAGAUCAAACAGAGGCCCUGCGUUUUGGUUAUUGGCCAUCCUAUAAUGUGCCGUUCCACCAGAAGAUCUACGCCCUGAGUGGUUAUGAGGAGAUGUGGAUGGAUUAUGGAGAGGAUUUCUCCUACGAACUCUGUCCUCGAGCCAAGAUCUUCCGCAGGGAUCAGGCAUCCGUCAUCGAUCUGUCAUCACUCAAACACAUCAUGAGAUACAACGAUUAUAAGAAAGAUCCCUACUCGAAGGGUGAUGCCUGUAAGUCCAUCUGCUGUCGUGGUGAUCUGAGGAAGUCCAACCCCAUGCCUGAAGGAUGUUAUGACACUAAGGUGACUGAUCUGCGUAUGGCUCAGCAGUUCACAUCUGAGGCUCUGAACGGUCCGAGCACAGAGGGCGAUCUUCCCCCUUUCACUUGGGAUGCGUUUAACAGUACGAUGCACCAGGGUCUGCCACGCUUCUACAACUACACCUUCAUCACCAUGCACCCGGUGCUGUUCACCCCCUGAGCCACCAGCGUAGGGCAGGAAGUGAGCAACGAGCAGAGGCUCAGGAACUGUCUCGCUUAACGUUCUGCUUAACAUCUGUGUAUUAACCUGCUGCAAAUAAGUGUGGGUGUGGCUUAUAGUCUGUUUAUUCUGAGUACAUCAACAAUCACAGUGUUUUUCUUUAGUGUUUAUUCCCUUUUUUGUCUAAAUUAAAUAAGUGUCAAAAUCCAAUCUAAGAAAUGAAAAUGAAUAAGGAUGGAGUUAAGGAUAUGGUGUUGAAAUUUGACCCCAAAGCUACUUAUCACUCAUCUAUAAUAUCAUUUCCACAGAUUUAUUUAGUACAUUUUAUAAUAAAAUAUUAAAAUUAUACUUGGCUUUAAGCUGUGAACUAUCAGAUUUGAGCUCUCACCAUCACCCUGUAACCUGUUACGUCUCAGGGAUAAAAAUCUUUACUCUGAUGUUUGUAAAGCUGCUUAAUGACAUAUUCAUUGUUUAAAAAAAAUAUAAAUAAAAUUGAAUUGAACUGAA